AGAUAUUAGAGGACCACUUUCUUAGAAUUAGUUUUACAAAAGCGAUGGCUCUUGGGAAAGAAAAGUGUCAGACAAAACACAGAGUAGCUGUGAAACAGGAGGUGAUAGAGACGGGAUGGCAUGGCUAUUCAAGGCUAACAAUGGGGAUUUGCAUAGCGUCGUGAUUGGAGGUUGAACAUUUUAUCAUGCCUGCAAAAAGAGAUGUGUUAUAUGCGUUCAUGUGGACAAAGAAAUAUAGAUCUGUCAUGGAUUAUAAGUGCAAUGUCUAAACAGGGUCAGCAGAUGUGUGUCUACAUGCAGAACUUAUGUCAGAGGGACAUAAGGAGCUGUGUUUUUGAAUCUCAUUUUGGUGGAAGUUUAAUUGUGAGUAACAGAAUAUUUCAUUCACCUAACUUUUGACAGUAAUAUAUACUGUGCUUUCAGCUGAAAAUAUGCCAUCAUAACAGAAGAUAGUACACAUCCACACUAAACAGAUUUGUCAGGAUAAAAUGUGGUACACUUGUAUCUCCUAAACAUCCUCAGUGUGAAACUUGCCCAAGCCUGUGUUUGUCUCCCUGCUUGCAUGCACAUUUCUAAGUGCUUUACGCGGGGUGUAUCAGUACAGGCCCAUUCCCACAACCAUUGUUAUUCACAUACUGUAAACUAUAUCCAUGGACUGGGAUGAUGGUGGGCGGGAGGUGGCAAUGCGGGGGAGGUGGCCAAGGACCCAGAUAAGAGGGGGAGGAAGGCCGACUUUAGGAUCGUGUAUCCGACUGGGUGAGCUCAAGUCCAGGACAGUCGUAGAGGAGUCUGCUGUUGUUCCAUUCUCAUCAUGGCUGCUGUUCAAACAGAGGUUUCCCUGUGCUCACAACCUUGGCAGAGGCCCUUGUACAUCUAUGGGGGGCUGGCAUGCAACUCACUGAUGGCUGACUCCUGGUCGGACAGAACUCCUCUUCAUGAAGCCGCCUACCAGGGCAGACUGCUCCACCUGAGAAGGCUCAUCGCUCAGGGCUUCCACGUGGACACACUCACCAUGGACAGAGUCUCUCCCCUCCACGAGGCUUGUCUUGGAGGACAUUACGCUUGUGCCAAGUUCCUGUUGGACAACGGUGCAAAUGCGGAGGCAGUAUCAACAGAUGGCGCCACACCCCUCUUCAACUCUUGCAGCAGCGGGAGUGCUGCUUGUGUCAGGCUCAUCUUGCAGCAUGGCCUCCAUUCAGCUCCCCCUUACCAGCUGGCAUCUCCCAUCCACGAGGCCGCAAAGCGAGAUCACAGAGGGUGUCUAGAGCUGCUGUUGUCUUAUGGAGCUCAUAUAGACGUGGAGCUGCCAGUGGUGGGGACACCGCUGUAUUCUGCCUGCAUGGCCCAAGCUGCAGCCUGUGUUGAGGUGCUGCUCCACUCAGGCGCGGAUGUUCAAACAGGGUGUGGGCACGACAGUCCUUUACAUGCUGCAGUUCAAAGCGGAGGAGCAAACAUUGUGGACCUUCUGUUGGACUUCGGAGCUGAUGUGUGCUGUAGGAACACAGAGGGAAAAACUCCCCUGGAUUUGUCAACACCAAACAGCACAGUGAGAGCUGCUCUGCAGAAAAGAGGUCCGUGCUCUCUGUCUCAGUUGUGUCGGUUCUGUAUUCGCCGAAGUCUGGGAAGGAAUCGUCUGCACAGAGCAUCCAGCCUUUUCCUUCCUCACAGUAUCAAAGACUUCCUCCUCUACCAAUGAGACAUCUCCACCCCUGCAUGUGUGGCUCUCUAUGUGCCACAUGUACUGAUUUUUCCCUCACAUUUUGCCUUGUCACCGAUCUAUAAGGCAAACAUGUGAGAGAGCAAAGACAUUCACAUUCAGAGAAUGAUUACAUCCAUGUUAUGUAUUUUAUAACACGGCUGCUUUUAAUAAAUAUAAUUACUAUUUACUUAUUACUAAAAUGAAAUAUUUUGGAUACAAGCGUAGGAAGUUCAGAAGUUAUAUUCAUAUUGCAAUGACUGUAAUGUAUCAGGUUUUGCAUUUUUAUACUUUAAAUGAAGUGCUUUUCAUUUCAUGUCCAUGGAUUUGACAUUAUUCAAAAAUGUUUCUAAAGGGCAACUCCACCAAUCUUACAGAUCUAAGUCUGUUUUCAGGUGUUGGUGAAUUGCCGACUGCCCCGUUUGAGAAGUAGUUGUAUGAAGUCUCUUGUGAAUCCAGAUGGAGCUGUAUAAAAUCUGAUAAACUGAGGUCGAAGACUGCAAGUCUGAGGGUGUGGUAGAAGUGAUCUUGGACCUCAGCUCCUCAUCUCUGCAUGAGGCUGACAGCUUGAGAAGGGUCCAGCUACAGCCUGGCAGACCCUACUAACCACCACCAAUUACCAAUAACCCUAACCCUAACCCUAACCCACAAACCAUAUUUGGAGGUUAAACCUGUGUCACAUUUGUGCUUCAGCUAGCAGCACUUCUAGCGUAAAAAAUCCAAAUCUCUGACUGUCGACAGUCAAGUUGAAUUGUGCAUAAUGUAGACGUUAGCUAGACUAAAAAAGAUUAUAUCUCUGUUUCUGCUUCAUCAUCUUUGAAAACUUUUUUUGAGAAAAAAAAAAGAGGUCCAAUGUGAGUCUGACAGCGCCAUUGGAGUGCAAUGCUAAAUCUACGGAGU